ACCGCCACUGAGCAUGGUGUUAUUCUAGUUUAUAAUUCUUAUUGGGCAAACAGGUUAAGUACUUUAUGCUAAUAUAAUUAAUAGUUUUAUCUCUAAUUAAUUGUAAUGUUAGUAAUUCACGUUAUCAAAUUUGGUUAGCAAUGUUCUUCAUAAUUUAGAUUUUGUGAAAAAUAUCUUGAACGUUUAAGACUUAAGUUAUAAUAUUAACGUCUUAAGUGAACUUUUGCUUAUCAAUAAACAAGACAGUAGGUUGAGUAACUAAAGGCUAAAUACUAGGUUUAAACUAAUAACUAACGGCAAUAUUUUAAUUAUAUAAAAAUUGGCGUUCUGAAUUGUGUAGUUGAUGGUGAAGAAGUAAUAAUGUAUGUUAGAGAUGUAAGUUAGUAUUGAUAAACAUUUAUAGUGUUGUUGUACAAAUGUUAUUUUGAUUUACUAACCCCUAUUUUUUUGUUACAUAUAUAUCUUAAAAAUUGACAAUUCGGUGAAACUUUGAGUUUGAGCAUGCAAAGUGUAAUUAACAGCGUUAAGGGAAAGGCUCUUGGGGUAGCAGAGUUUUUGACACCUGUUUUGAAGGUAUCAAAGUUCAAUAAAACUGGAGUGGUAACUCCUGAAGAGGUGACCAUUUACUUCAUCACUGCCCAACAUGGCAAUUGGCAAGUGGGAACAAUGCCAAAGAGAAAACCUACCUACCUCACGAUAAACGGUUUCUUGUGACAAGAAAGUUGCCUUGUUAUAAACAAUGUAAACAGAUUGAGUACUCAAAAGAACAGAAGGUAAUUGAGGCUGAAGAUGAUGAAGGUGGUUGGAUAGACACACACAUCAUUAUACUGGAAGCAUCAAACACUCCAGCACAUCCAGGUAGAAGAGAUGAGAAUAUAGAUGCUGAAGAUAUGGAUGCUUUUGUAGAAAGUGGAAUGUUGGAUAAUGAGGACAAAGUAUUAAUUAUCUGUAGACUUGUUAUUAACAUAAACAGCACCAUUACUACAGUAAGAUCUGUGCAAAUAACAGCAUAAUUGGAUGACGAAUUAUUUUAAAAAUGGAGAUGAGGAUAGGUACUCAUCCUGUGAAGGAAGAUGUUCUUAAAAAUCCGAUGGAGUUUAAGACCUCAUCUGUAAUUCUAGGAGUAAAAAAAAAGUGUCCUGGUGCUUCACCGAGAUCAAUUGAGUUCCUGUAAUUCCUGAAGCGAAACAACAGACAUGGAACACAAAGCUACUGUUCUUCUCAUCUUUUCUUUUUUUUUCAUCAACGUGUUGACUAAGGAAAUAGACAGCAACCAGGACAAUAAGAAAGAAGAAUCUGUCAACCUACCGGCAGAACACCGAUCUUAUCCUGGACCACCAGUCGGAGGACCGGUAUUUGGAGGCGGUCCAGGGUAUGGGCCAGGACCGGCCUCAGUUCCAGGUAUCGGAGAUUUACAUGAUACCUGGCCUGCUGGGAGACCAGACAUGCCACAAAUUAAAAACUUAAAUGUCAAAUGUGAGAAAAACCACAUGCAAGUUAAUAUGGAGUUUGAUCGCCCUUUCUUUGGCAUGAUCUUUAGUAAAGGUCACUACAGUGACCACAAUUGUGUUCACUUACCACCUGGCACUGGGAAUGUUCUUGUAAAUUUCGAAAUUUACCUAGGAAAAUGUGGAAUGUCCAGCAGCCAGCAACAGAAAGCUGUGGCGGGUUACGGUGGUGGUGGCCAAGGUGGUUACGGUGAUGGAUUAUUCAUCGAAAAUACUAUAAUUAUCCAGUACGAUCCUCAACUUCAAGAAAUUUGGGACCAGGCCCGCAGACUACGCUGUACGUGGUAUGACUUCUAUGAAAAGGCUGUGACUUUCAGACCAUUCAAUGUAGACAUGCUUGAUGCUGUGACUGCUAACUUUCUGGGAGAUAACAUUCAAUGUUGGAUGCAAAUCCAAGUAGGCAAGGGGCCGUGGGCUAAUGAAAUAUCUGGCAUAGUUAAGAUUGGCCAGACUAUGACCAUGGUUCUUGCCAUCAAAGAUGAAGAACACAAAUUUGAUAUGUUGGUAAGAAACUGUAUUGCCCACGAUGAUAAGAAUCAACCUAUUCAAUUAGUUGAUGAAUAUGGAUGUGUAGUCAGACCAAAGAUCAUGAGCCCAUUCCAGAAAGUAAAAAAUUUUGGAUCAUCUGCAUCGGUUGUAUCAUAUGCUUAUUUCCAAGCUUUCAAGUUUCCAGACUCUAUGAACGUCCACUUCGAGUGCGUAAUCCAGGUAUGUAGGUAUGAAUGUCCAAUCCCACAGUGUGGAGGAAGUCUUGGUGGCGACUAUCUUCCAGCUCCUCGUGAUCCUUCUUUCGGCUACUCUGAACCAAAAGCUACUUAUACUGAAAAUGGACCUCAGCCAAAUCAGCCUCUUCCAGUUGGUAGGGGACCCAACGAAAACUACGGUGAGCCCUCUGAGGCUAAAUUUCCUAAAGUUUUCUUUAAUCGAAAUGGCGAUUUGCCUAACAAAGAGAAAAACGUCAGUGUUAUUGGAAGUUACGCCGUUUCCGGAAUUCGAGGCAUACCUCGCUCUAGUGAAGCCUCUCCGAGAUCCAAUGAUGUUGAAUCCAGACGGAAACGGCAGGCUCAGGACGCCAAAGACAUACAAACUCACCGUACAAUUCAAGUAGUAGCACCUGGUGAUGUGGCUUUCAACCUCCCUUUCACCGCAGACAAUGAAAGUGUGGUGGAUGUGUAUUCUCACCCCACAGACUUUGGGAAUAAUGCUAUAUGUAUGUCUGUUCCAGGAUUUGCUGCAGGGGUGAUAAUUCUUUUAUUGUUGCUUGUUGUGUCUACUCUGGUGGCUGCGUUCCUUUUCCUACGAGUACGCCAAUUAACAGCGUCCAAGUCACCAUGUGACGAGAAGGUGAUAGCUUAUGAUAACCCUGAGUUUAUAAGGGUUGGCUUACCCAUUGGCCAUUGAAAGUUACAUAUAAACUAUGUACCGAUUUCUGAAAUAAGCUAAAAAAAAGUUAAGUCCUUAGUGAAAGGAUAUAACAACUCAUUAUUUUCUAUGGUUAAACUCGUCCAAAACAAAAAGAAAACACUUUAUUUUAUUGUUCAUUCCCAUAUUUCAUUGUAAUUUAUAGAUUUAUAUUUAUUGCCUGGUAAUCAAAUGUUUGAAACAUUAUCUUUUUUUUUUUUUCACUAAACGUUUGGCUCUAGAAGACAUGGUAAGAAAGCAGCUUCUUGUUUACAUGUAUUCAGAUAUACAGUAGCUUUAGCAAUGUGGUUUACAGUACACAUGAAGAUAACUUAGAAACAUCGUGUGAUUUUACAAUGUAAAUUUUGUGUAUGUGUUGAUGUAGAGUUUUGUUCUAACGUUUAUAUUAUACACUCAAUUGAGCUGACAUGUGCGCUGCGAGCGAGGCCUUUAGCGGGUAAUAGUUCUGUUUCCAGUGUUGUUUUUUGGCGCAUGACACCAUAUCUCAGGAAUAUGAUCUGUUUUUUGGUGUACAUACGAGAUGAACUUAGUUUUAUUUCGAAUAA